AUGCUUUAUCUUUUGGUACAAGUUAACAAGAGUAUCAAGUACGUCAUUCCUGAACAUGUAGUGAACAUAGAAUCUACAGCUAAUAAGUUUAGUAACCUUUUUGGUGCAGUUACGGCAGGACAAUAUGAUAAUAAAGAGGUGCAAGUUUUUAUUAGAAGAGAAAAAUCUGAAAGUUGGCGAGAAGUUGAUAAUAGAUUAAAUAGUGAUCUAAAAACGUUAGAAGUUUUUGGAUUUUUGCAAGUUAGAUUUUGCCUCAUUGUCAAUAUAAAUUCAGAUAUGCCAGCUCUAACUCAAAGCAAACCAAAUGCUUUUAUUAAUACUGCCAAUAUUAUAAACAAGCUUCAUCAUAGUGAUGAAAGUGCUCUUCUGACAAUAACAGUUUUAUGUAUUGAAUUGCUGCUUGUGAUCAUGAUAGCCUCAAAGAUAAUUAUAUUCAAUUGA